AUGUCGACGACGGACUCUGCUGAACAAUUGGACGCUGAUAUCAGUCGUCUGCGUGCCCGUGUAGCCAGACUGAAAGCACACCGCGCGAACCUGUCUUCAAUUUUCCUCUCACAACCCCAUCUCGUGUCGCGUCUCGGUAACGAUACGACCGCGAAGCGCGUAGUCGACCAGCAGUUGAAACGAAACCUCGAGAACAUAUAUCGCGCCUGUGCAGGUGUAACCGCAUACAAAGUCAAAGACCCUGACCCGUACGCGGUGGACAAGGGUGCCAUACUGGGUGUUGGCAUCGAGGCGCCCGUCAACGGCAGUUUUGUCGACACCUACCAUGUCCUCUUCACGCUCAGAGAGUAUGGGAACUCGAAGCGACUGCGAAUCCACAAACACACCAUACCAGCAUGCCUCCCGCUACAGCAGCUGGCCAACAGGUGGUUACCGCAAGGCACGAGAAACGUGGAUGGCGCAAAGGACGCAGAGCAGGAUCUUGUCAAGUUUGGACGAGCAUUGAGGAGAGAGCUGGUCAGUUGGCAUAUGCGUCUCCAGACUGUUCAAGAUCUGAGGAAGGAGGCAAAGCUCCCCGAUGCCCGGGCAGACGAUGUGGGAGACCAUUUCGCCUCUGGUGGCAAAGUGCUAAAUGCGUUCGUGAGCGAUGACAGUUCAGAUGCCGAGGAAGAGGAUGGCAAUGGGCCAAUCCGCAUGCUUGAAUUCGAGACAGAUGCGGCCGUUCGACAGAUCACCAUCACUUGGUCAGAUGGACGCACUGCCGUGCUAGUGGUGACCAAGGACGGCAGGGUUGAGAAAGCCGUGUGCAGAGCAAGAGAUGGAGGCCGAGAUGUCAUGUCAGGUGCAAAGGCUAUUGGCCCGCUCAACGGUCUUUUACGUAGACUUUCAUCAUAG